UUACAUUUCGUGUCUGGAUAAACAAAACCUGACAAUUGUUUAACCAUUUCAGUUGAUAAACAAACUGCAAGGUUCACAGUCGGAUGAUGAUGAUGCUUCGUUGCUGGUUAUGGCUGCUGCCGCUGAUGGUGAUUUCGGUAUCCUCUCAGCAGUCCCCCAAACCUCAUAUUAUCUAUAUUCUUGCAGAUGAUUUGGGUUUCAAUGAUGUGGGCUUUCAUGGCUCUGCUCAGAUACCGACACCCAAUAUUGAUGCCUUGGCCUAUUCGGGUUUAAUACUUAAUCGUUACUAUGUAGCACCAAUUUGUACACCCUCGAGAUCAUCGCUGAUGACAGGAAAAUAUGCCAUACACACGGGUAUGCAACAUACAGUUUUAUAUGGGGCAGAGCCAAGAGGUUUGCCAUUGGAGGAGAAACUCUUACCGCAAUAUCUCAACGAUUUGGGAUACACCUCACACAUUGCCGGUAAAUGGCAUCUUGGCCAUUGGAAGAUGCCCUACACACCGCUAAGACGUGGUUUUAAUAGUCACGUUGGCUACUGGACAGGACAUCACGACUACAACGAUCAUACAGCAGUUGAGCAUGGUUUCUGGGGUCUGGAUAUGCGAAAUGGCAGUAGAGUUGCCUACGAAUUGCAUGGACAGUAUACAACAGAUGUGAUAACGCAACAUUCGAUAGAUGUGAUAGCCAAUCAUCCGGUAUCGAAGGGACCAUUAUUUCUCUAUGUAGCCCAUGCGGCAGCACACUCUGGCAAUCCAUAUAAUCCGCUGCCAGUGGCCGAUGAUGAAGUAAUUAAAUUAGGGCGCAUUGAGCACUAUAAGAGACGGAGGUAUGCGGCCAUGGUUAGCAAAUUGGAUGAGUCUGUGGGCAUUAUUGUGGAUCAAUUGCGAAGGUCCAACAUGCUGGAGAACUCGAUUAUUGUAUUUGCCACAGACAAUGGUGGAGCCGCCGAGGGUUUCAACCUGAACUUUGCCUCGAAUUAUCCACUGAGGGGAGUGAAAAACACGCUAUGGGAGGGUGGUGUUCGUGGCGUUGGUCUCUUGUGGUCGCAGCGAUAUCUGAAGCGUCCACGAGUUGCUGAACAAACGAUGCAUAUCACAGAUUGGUUGCCAACUUUUGUUGAAGUUGCCGGUGGCAAGGAAGCCCUGGCCAAUUUUACUACUUCCCUCGAUGGUCAAAGCAUUUGGCAAGCCCUUGUCCAAGAUGAGGCUUCUCCGCGUAAAAGUGUUCUGCACAAUAUCGAUGACAUUUGGAAUAGUUCAGCCUUAACUGUGGGCGAUUGGAAACUAAUCAAAGGAACCAACUACAAAGGAGCCUGGGAUGGCUGGUACGGUCCAGCCGGUGAACGGGAUCCACAACUAUAUAACUGGCAACAGGUAGCCAAAAGUUUGGCUGGCAAGGCUAUGCUUCAGUUGAAAGUUUUACCAAGUCGUGCCGACCAGCAGAGACUGAGAUCAGCUGCCACGGUGAACUGUCCGAAUCAACAGAGUAAUACCCAAAAGGGCAGUGUCUGUAAUCCUUUGCAAACACCCUGUUUAUUCAAUCUACGUGAUGAUCCUUGUGAGCAAUACAACUUGGCCACACAAUAUCCUUUGGUGCUCAAUUCUCUGCUAUCAGAGUUGAAACAUUUUAAUUCCACUGCCAUUCCGCCUUCCAAUCUACCCGAUGAUCCUCGAGGUAAUCCCAAAUUUUGGAACUAUACAUGGACGAAUUUUGGUGACUAUCCCAAAAUAAAUAAUCAUAAUGUCUUGGGUGAUAUUAGCAUGUUAAUGGAACAAUCUGUAAAGACUGUUUAUAUUAAAUCUUCUUAAUUUUUAAUGUAGCUUAUAAAUAUAUGUACAUACAUGUUC